UAUCAGAAAGUCGAGGCUGUUGAACGUGAGUAUGAAGACCUCCUUGGCAGCCCGAAUUUUCUCGGUAUCAAACAACUUCUGGAUCGUCAGAAUGCCUUGAAAUACCGACUUGGUCAUCUUGGAAAGUUGGAGGUUGCAGGCCCAGGAUUCAUAAAUAUUUGGGUUUCUAAGACCUUCGUAGCUCACGAAAUCUACAAGAUCCUGAAGGCUGGAGUGCAACCACCCAAAAUCCCUCACAACUAUUCGGUUAUCAUAGACAUGUCCUCCCCAAAUAUUGCUAAAGAAAUGCACGUUGGACAUCUGAGGUCGACUAUCAUCGGUGAUAGCAUUUCUCGGUUGCUAUCGUUUUUGGGUCACCGUGUGCUUAAAAUAAAUCACAUUGGAGAUUGGGGCACUCAGUUUGGAAUGCUUAUCGCUCACCUUCAAGAAAUGUUCCCGAACUCGGAUUCGGCCCCACCAAUCGGGGACUUACAAGCGUUCUAUAAAGUCUCAAAAGCGCGAUUCGAUUCAGAGGAGGAUUUCAAGACUCGUGCGUACAACGCCGUAGUUAAGCUUCAAAGCCACGACCCAACCCAUAUUCGAGCUUGGGAACAAAUAUGUGCGAUUUCUCGUAAAGGUAAUCUCCGAAACAAAUCCCCACUUUCACCUUGCAUGCCUUAA